AGUCGACGGACGACGCUGCGCCUGAACGUACGACGGCUGAUCUGAACCGGAAUCGCAUUGAACGGCCACAUAUAUCUUGGACGCCCCUCGACUCGUGCAACAAACAAACAACCAAAGUGCAACAUACAAUACCCAAGCAAAUAAACUUCGGCGUGUGCCCACGAUUCAUCUUUAACAGCUGCCACUGCAACUUUUGAGCCCCAUGUGUUUUGUACAGCCGUUGCUCCGCGAUUUUUGAAUCCGUUUCGAAACUACUCAGUUCCGAAUUUUUGGCGCGUUGCGAUCGUCUCAUCUGAAGUGCGUGGGUGAUAACCAUCUGUCAGAUACUCGUUGCUACACUCAUAGGUACUCAUGAAUACUUUGAAUACAGUGCUCAAUUGUGAUAAGAGUUAAGAAAUUACACAUCAAAACCAAACGACCAUUAAAAGGUGAAUGAAAAACAGGAUUCAGGAAAAGCUAGUGGAACAUAAAAACUCUUUCGUUGAUUUUGGCAACAGCUUGCGAAUCUGUAAAUAACGGAGUGGCCCAGGAUGCGUGCGGGUCAGUGACACGUGACAUGGCCGAGGGCUGCGAGGACUCCGCCGGUGCCGCUGAAUCCACGACGUCACAGUCACAGUACACAACGCUAGACAAGAUGCUGGGCACGGUGCUGCCAUGUGAGGCGGCCAUUGGGGCGACACCCGGCGGCGGCAGCAGCAGCGGCAACAGCAGCAGCAACAUUGGCGGCAACACCACCAACUCCAGCAACAACGGCAGCAACAUUGUGAAGCGAGAGUUCUGCGAUGGCAGCCUGAUGCCCGGUGCUGGGGCAAGUGUCAACAAUAACAAUGCCAAUGCCGCCAACAACAACAAUAACAACAGCAGCAGCAGCAACAAUAAUAACAAUAACAACAAUACCAAAAUGCAGGCCAUGAUAUGCAACAAGAGCAGCAGCACGAACAACAGCAGCAGCAGCUCCUCCUCGUCAUCGUCCUGCUCCUCAUCCUCGUCAUCCUCCAGCUCCGCCACCAGCACCUUGACCAGCUGCACCACCGCCGCCGUGGUGCCCUCCAACUGCUCCACGAAUGCCAACAAGUCGCCGGUCUCGCCCUACUCCCAGAGCCUGGGCAUGGCCAUCGGCAUCGGGGCGGGGGCGGGCAGCAGUCCGCUCCGGGAGGCCAGUCCGCUGCCCAGCAGCCGCUCGCCGCUGAACGCUAUCGCCUCCACCAUUGCCGCCAAGUCGCCAUGCAGCGGAGCGGCGCCCGCUUCACCGCCGUCGGCCUCCUCCAACAGCUCCUCCCACGUCCUGGCGCUCAACAUCAAAACCGAGUCGGACUUUGACAAGGAAAUCAGCUGCCACAAGAUACAUUCGCCCAGUAGCAGCAGCCACGCCCACUCCCUGCACCACCACCAUCACCACCACCACCAUCCCCACCACAGCAGUCGGAGCAACAAUAACGACGAUGAAAUGGAGAUCACGGACGGCCAUGCCCUCCUUUCGCCGCCGCCCCCUUCGCACUCCCACUCCCACUCACCGUUCGACAGCAAGGAUCACGUCAAGGAGCUGGAGUUCUACAAGAAUCUGGCGGCGAAGGCGGCCUCCCUGGCCAACCAGCACUCCCCGCCGCCCAUGCCCCUGCCCCUUCCGCUGCCCAUGCAGAUCGAUGGCGAGGAGGACGAGAACGAGGGCGAGGGCGAAGGAGAGGGCGAGGCGGAGGAACAGUCGGCGGAGGUCAUGCGGCUGCGGCGAGAGGAACAGGCUCAGGCCAAGGCGUUUGCGGCCCAUCUGAACGGAACUAUGCAAGACAUGAUAAAUUUGCAAAAAUUACAAAAUUUGGCCACGCUACAGCAGCAGCAACAGCAGCAGCAGCAGCAUCCGCAUCCGCAUCAUGGGCACCAGCACCACCAUCACCAUCCCGCCACGGCCGCCGCACUAGCAAGUCUUCAAGGAUUAGCCGCCUCGGUGUUCAAUUCGCCGUUGAACCUCAGCGUGGGCGGUGAGCCCGUAGCAACCACCGGACCAUCGGUGGCACCCACCUCGCCCACCCACAAUGGCGGCAAGAGCAAGACCGCCAAGGGCGGCAGUUCCGGCAAUGGCUCGGGCGGAUCGUCCGCCAACUCCGGCACCAGCUCCGCCCAACAGCAGCAGCAGCCGGAUAAUCCCAGCAGCAGCAGCUCCCCGCACCACCCCCUGAGCGCCUCCUCGCUGGCCAAUGUCCUGGCGGCGGCCACCGCCUCGCCCCCGCCCUCCUUGCAGGCGCCGCCGGCGAGCGCCCAGAUGCCCCAGCUGAUUCUUGCCUCCGGACAGCUGGUGCAGGGCGUCCAGGGUGCCCAGCUGCUCAUACCCACGGCCCAAGGCAUUGCCGUGCAGACCAUCCUGACCAUUCCGGUGAGUCCACAGAUCCCCACCACGGAACAGUUUCUGCCCAACGCGUUCGGCGCCUUUGCGAGCUACCAGCAACAGCAACAACAGCAGCAGCAGCAGCGGGACUUGCUACCGCCAUCGCUGGCCGCACUGCAGCAUGCCACUGCCCUGCCCCAGUUGGCACAGACACCCACGAAUUUACUCAAGCCCAAUCUGUUUUCGACGGGCGUGCAACAGCUGCUCACGGCUUUGCAUCCGGAACUGUUUGCUGCGGCAGCUGCAACACAUCAGCAGCAGCAGCAGCAACAGCAGCAGCAGGUCCAGCAGCAGCGGGAGAGGGAAAGGGAGAGAGAACGGGAACGGGAACGAGAACGGGAGCGGGAACGGGAGCAGCACUUGGGAAUUGGUCACCUGCCGCACUCUCACCUGGCCGCCGAUCUGAGGCGCUCAGCGGAGCGAUCUCCGACGGCCGGAUCGCCCACAGGCGGAAGUCCCGGAUUGGCCGCCAAGGGGCCGCAACCUCCUCCUCCUGGAGCCGCCUUUCUGCUACAGCAGCAACUGCACAUCAAGCCCGAGACUCAGACGCACCUGCACCAUCACCUGCAGACGCAGUCCACUUCGGCGGUAUCCUCCACGCUGCCACAGAUUAGCCUGCGACAUCCGGAUGAGCUAACCGCUCCGCAAAUGGACCUGAAGCCUCUCGAGCUGAGUGCCAGCACCUCGCCGCCGGCGCCGCCGCCUCGUCAUCACUUCGGGCACAGCUUGCGGGGAUCGUCGACGGUCUCACCGAAGCACAGUCCGCAGGGCAGGAUGGGCGGCAGUGGCGGGUCCACAACCACGGGAAUGAAUCUCAGCCAGCACCACGAGCGGCACGAUCGACUGGAGCGACUUGAGCGCCAGGAGCGCCACGAAAGACGCUCGCACACGCCCACGGCGACGGCCACCAGGGCCAGUGUUUCGUCCAGCUCGAGUGCAGGUCACCAUGGCGGCAGUCUGCCCUCCGGGCGACUAUCGCCGCCCAGUUCCGCCCCCUCGAACUCGGCGGCCAAUAGCAUCAGCGACAGAGGCUACACUUCCCCGCUGUUCCGCACCCACUCGCCCCAGGGCCACGCCCUAUCGCUGGGCGGAUCUCCGCGUCUGGAGCGGGACUACCUGGGCAACGGACCCAGUUCCGGAACUGCAACCUCGACUAGCAGUUGUGGAGCACCAACAGCGGCGGGAUCCAGUGCCACGGCCAACGUACUUAGCAGUAUAAACAGGCUGAAUGCCUCCAAUGGCGAACUGACCAUUACGAAGUCCCUGGGAGCUCCUACGGCCACGGCCACGAGGGCCUCGUCCGCCUCGCCACGGGAUGAUUCACCUGGUCCGGGUCCAUCCACAUCGAGUGUUUCCCACAUGCAGCCACUCAAACUGAGUCCAUCGUCCAGAAGCGAACCGCCACACCUAUCGCCCAAUGGAAACGACAAUGAUAAUGACCUGCUCAUGGAUUCACCGAAUGAACCCACCAUCAACCAGGCCACUACCAACGUGGUGGACGGCAUUGAUCUGGACGAGAUCAAAGAGUUCGCCAAGGCCUUCAAGCUGAGGCGCCUGUCCCUGGGACUCACACAAACCCAAGUGGGCCAGGCCUUAUCGGUGACCGAGGGUCCGGCCUACAGCCAGAGUGCCAUUUGCAGCAGUGCACUCGCUGCGCAGAUGUACGCCGCUCAACUGUCGACGCAGCAGCAGAACAUGUUCGAGAAGCUGGACAUCACACCAAAGAGCGCACAGAAGAUUAAGCCUGUGCUGGAGCGCUGGAUGAAGGAGGCCGAAGAGAGCCACUGGAACCGCUAUAAAUCGGGUCAGAACCACCUAACCGACUAUAUCGGCGUGGAGCCGUCGAAGAAGCGCAAGAGGCGCACAUCCUUCACGCCGCAGGCUCUGGAGCUCCUGAAUGCCCACUUCGAGCGGAACACGCAUCCUUCGGGCACCGAAAUCACCGGACUGGCCCAUCAGCUGGGAUACGAGCGGGAAGUGAUCCGGAUCUGGUUCUGCAACAAACGGCAGGCCCUCAAGAACACCGUUCGCAUGAUGUCCAAGGGAAUGGUAUAGGGCCAGGGGCCCUUGUAAAUAGAUGGGCCGUGUACAUAGCUAGGUGUCUAAGUGUGAGUGCAAACGAGUGUGUGCGUGAGAGAUUGUGUAUUACAGUGUGAUAGUUGUACAACACCCUAGAGUUUAGCAGUUAGGCCAUGUAAAGUAAUACUGUGUGUCAUAGCAUUUACAAAGGACAUCGGCUUACGCAAGCAAACCGCAACCCGAAACCAAAUCCAAUCCCCAAUCCAAUUGAAUAUUUAGCCAACUAAGUAACUACUUAACACUUAUCAUAUCCCAAAUAGCCUAAAAGUAGUAUAAAGUCCCAAGAGCAGACUUGUGCAGUUUUAGGCCAAAUUUUAUCACAUUGAUGUGCCAUUCCAAAAAGAAAACAAAGCAAACCAGUUCAUACACCUAACAAAUUACAUACUAAAUGUUUAAAAACAUUUAAACCAAAACUGCAUAAAAUCUAUGUGUGACCCACAGUCUAAGAAAUUCUGUAGAGCUCGUAAGUGAUGAGUUAAAAUAUUUGCAUUUAAUGCGUUGGCUAAACUUGUAUACUGAAACGAAUCUGAUUUCAACCAUUUAUAAAACAAAUUAUAACCCUAGUAUUUAGCCAGUUCAGACUCGAAAACUAAGAUAACUCUAUAUGGUAGCACUCAAAAAGAACAAAAGCAAGCUAAAAGACAGCAAGUGUUUAGAAUAAGUAACAUUAUGUAGCAACUUACAAAAAUUAUGAUGG